UUCGCGAAAUGGGACUGGAUGUCGUUGCCAAUUCCAACGAUCCAUUUUUCACGGUCGGUGUGUCUGAACCGAUGCUGAAUAUCGCUGAUGGUGUUCGCCAAAGUGGGGCCGAAGCGCACUUACGACCUAUUGCCCAUCGCCCCAAUUUCUAUCUCCUAAAAAAUACACAAGUCACCAAGAUUCUGUUUGAUGAAAAGAAAAACGCUAUUGGCGUGACAGCUGUCAACAACGGAAAAGCGAUCACCAUCCAUGCUAAUCAUGAAGUAAUUUUAACAGCUGGAGCAUUGAUCACUCCUCAGCUGCUAAUGUUGUCGGGAGUAGGUCCAAAAGAGCAUCUCUCUUCAUUCAACAUUCCGGUUGUCUCAGACCUGCCUGUGGGUCAAAACCUGCAAGAUCACAUCCCAGCUAUGGUCGUUCAUACUCUGAAACCUGGCAAACCAGAUAAAACCCCGCCUAAUCCUACACGAUUCCCAUUUCCAAUUACCACUGCGUAUAUAGCGCUUAACAUGCACCAAACUUACCCUGAUUAUCAAGUGAUUAAUGCGAUCGUCUCCCCAGAGGCAAAUUCAUUGAUUAAGUUCUGUUCCAUCGCAUUUUUCUAUAAAGAUGAGAUCUGCCAAAGCUUCUUUGAUGGUGGACGCGGCAAAUACACUUUACUGACCCUUCUCAAUAUAAUGUAUGCGGAUUGCGGAAUCUCGAGGUGAAGUCCUGCUGCGUAGCACGAACAUAACUGAUCCCCCUAUAGUCAAACUUGGGACGUAUUCAAACCAGAAUGACCUGCAUAACAUGGGUCUGUACCUCAAAGACUUUUCUAGGAUUGUCAACACAACCAGUUUUCAGCAUAAUUAUGGGAGCAGCAUUGAUUGACUUGGAUCUAUCCAAGUGUAAGCAUUUGCCGAGAGAUUCUUACGAAUAUUGGAAGUGCUAUGCAUUAAGCAUGUAGUCAACCAUGUGGCAUUACAGCGGCACCAGUUCUAUGGGGCUAGUUCUGGACAGCUAUUUGUUAGUCAAAGGAGUGCAGAGACUGAGGGUGGCGGAUGCUAGCGCCAUGCCCAACCCCAUCAGUGGGAAUAUCAACGCUGCCGUGGUGUUUUUAUCCAUACCAAAACUAUUUAUGGUAAAUCCUACUAAUAUUAUAAAUGCGAAAGUUUGGAUGUCUGGAUGUUUGUUCCUCUUUCAC